AUGGUGAUUCCGAUCAAUUUGAGUUCGAGUUGCUUCAUGAUUCUCGUGUUUUUUGCCACUGAAUAUUUUGGAUUUGUUUAUGUUCGUUUCAGUUCGCCGUGGGAAUUUUAUGCAUUGGGCUUUGGCUGGUGAUAAAAUUUUCGUUUCAGGCCGCAGACAGCGAGCAGGCUCCUCCGUUUCCGCUCACGGAGAUGGAGCUCGUCCUCGCCGAGCUCCGCGGCACCCGCGGUCUCACCCCGUGCAGGAAGCGCCUCGUCUCGGCGCUCGUCGAGGCCGCCGCCGCCGAGCUCAACUCCAACCCCACGGCCACCGCCCUCCGCCUGCGCCGCGCAGCCUUCUGGAGGAAGCUCCGCGUGGGGGUCCUCGCCGCGACGGUCUUCUCCUUGGUCGCGAUGGACCUCGCGCUCGCUGCUGCUCUCUUCGCCGGCCGCCGCGGGAACUCUGGCCACUACCAGUACGACGGGCUGGUCCCCACCUGACCUGAGCGAUUUUAUGCAGUGCAGCACGCCGUUCCUUAAUUUGCUUCUCUAAUGUUUGCUGCUUCCUAGUAAUGCAUGUCCUAGCUUGUUAGCCUUGUUGCUGGCUAAGUACAGUACGUACUAGUGUUCCCUCUGCUAUUUCUCAAAUUUUGCAACUCUCCUCCGCAUGAACUGAUGAAUACCGUUUCCUGAUUUUUGCAACCCUUGCGGCGGUAUGCAGCUGGAUGGUCUUGCAACAUGGAGGUUCAAUUGAUUUUCAACACUUCUGGUCAUGGAUGGAUUAGUUGUAUACUGAGCUCUAUACUUUUGUUUCUCUUUCGUGUAAAUGAGCUGCUUACGCCUGGGGAAUCUAUUGCAUGAUUUGUGUUCUGUUUGGUGGAAUAUGUCUCAAGCAAUGCGAUUACAUCAAA